AUGUCCAAGCAAUUGAUCGUCUUUGACUUCGACUGGUCUUUCGUGGACCAGGACACCGACCGAUGGGUCUUUGAGGUGCUCUCUACCGAGCUCAGACGGCUGUUGCAGACUCGAAAGUCUGGGGGUUCGCAAUGUACGCCCGAUGUUGUCAAUGACACCAUGAAGGACCUUUACGAACGUGGUUUCAAGAAGGAGCAAGUCCUUGAGGCUCUCCGAAUCCUCCCCUUCCACCCUGCCAUGAAGCGUGCGGUUCUCGCCUACAAGGGACGUGACGCCAACAACUCUCUCUUGUGUUUGUCCAACUCCAACGAGGUGUACAUCUCUACCAUCCUCGAGAAACACGGCCUCACCGACCUCUUUGCCGACGUGAUCACCAACCCUGCCCACUGGUCCGAGUCUGCCCCUGACCACCUCAUCAUCGGCCGUCGCCUUCCUGCCACCGAGCCUCCUCACGGCUGUACUGUCGGAUGCCUCGCCAACAUGUGCAAGGGUGACGAGCUCUCAACCUACCUCGCGGCCCACGGUGGUAUCGACAGCUUCAAGAAGAUCGUCUAUGUCGGAGACGGAGGCAACGACUUCUGUCCGUUGUUGAGGAUGAGGAAGGGUGACUGGGCUUGUGUCAGGAAGGGUAUGGAGUUGGACGGUAGGGUCAAGGAAGAGGGUGCCAAGAGUGGGUUGGUGGCAGAGGUCAAGUACUGGGACCAGGCUUGGCAACUCGAUGAGUGA